AUUUAGAGUAAUUUGAUUUUAAUAUUUGAUUAAAAUUAAGAAUGAAUAAUUAGUAUGGAUUCAGGAAUGUCUCUCAACUGCGAGGAUCUCGGUGUUAAUAAAUGGAAGUACAACGAAGGAAUUCUCUCUGAGUGUGAAGGGCUUUUGAGAGGGGUGGAGAUUGGAAGGGGAGGGGAGGUGUUGUCGCUAUUACAAUUUGCAGAUGACACAGUUUUCAUAGGGACAGCUGAUGCAGAAAAUGUUAGAGUUGUGAAAGCUAUCUUGCUUUGGUUUGAAAUGAUCUUUGGAUUAAAGAUUAAUUUUAGCAAGAGUCAUCUGUACGGGUUUAAUAUUUCGGAUGGUUGGUUACAAGGUGCUGCAGACAUGUUACACUGUGGGGUGGGCAAAGUACCUUUUAUAUACUUGGGUUUGCCAGUAGGAGGAAAUCUGGGGAGGAAAAGGUUUUGGAAGUCGGUGCUAGAUCGGUUUCAUCAAAAGCUUGCCACUUGGAAAAGCCCAUUACUAUCCUUUGGAGGCCGGAUUACCUUAAUAAACUCGGUACUCUCUGCUCUCCCUAUUUUUUAUUUGUCUUUAUUUAAGAUUCCUAAAGUUGUUCUUGUUGAGUUGAUUAAAAUUCAGCGGAAUUUUUUUUGGGGAGGUGCGAGUUUGGCUAAAAAAAUUCCAUGGGUUAGUUGGGAGUGUAUGUGUGUGGAGAAGGGAAAGGGGGGUUUAGGAGUGGUUGAUUUAGAGAGAAAGAAUGGGGCUUUGUUGGGGAAAUGGUGGUUUCGACUAGGAGAUGGUUUAGAUAGCUUAUGGAAGAGGGUGAUUUGGGAAAAAUAUUAUGGGGGUAGGAGGGAGAGGGAUGUUACUUCCGUUGAGGGUUUGAAUAUGUCUCAGAUUUGGAAGGAUAUUGUGAGUUUGGGUAGUAGAUCAGAACGAUUAUCAAAGAUGUUAGUAAGGGGUUUUAAGUGGGAAGUUGGGGAUGGAAGCUGUGUGGAUUUUUGGAGUGACAAAUGGGUAGGGGAUAAGUCUUUGAAGGAGCUAUAUCCUAGGUUGUUUGUGUUGGCUGUAAGGACGGAAGGAAUACUGAAGGAUAUGGGGGUUUGGCGUGGAGAAAAUUGGGUUUGGGAUUGUAAGUGGAGAUGUGGAUGUAGAGGGAGGGCAGCAGAAGAGGAAGAACAUUUUCGGGCAAUGAUCAAUGGAUUUAAGUUGCGGAUAGAUAGGGAGGAUUCUUGGAAAUGGGUGCAUAGUAGUGAUGGGGGCGAUGUGGGUUGCAUGUUCUGUCAUGAGGGGGAGGAGCAACUUCAUCAUAUUUUAUGUGGGUGUAAAAGGGUAUGGUUAGUAUGGAUGAAGGUUUUGGGGUGGUGGGAGAUUCAGAGUGUUUUGCCAAAUGAUCUGUUUAGUUUGGUGGAGUCAGUGGUAUUUGGUAUAAGUGGAGGAGUUUUGAAGGAUUUAGGGGCUCUCAUGUUUCUGGUUACGGCUUGGUUUAUUUGGUAUUGGAGGAAUAUGUAUGUGUUUAGGACAGAGGGGAUGUCUGAAGAGCAAUUAUUUGAGUCUAUUCAAGCAAAAUCUUUUUUAUGGCUCAAAAACAAGGAACCAGGGUGUGUGUUUUCGUAUACGGAUUGGAUGUUAAGGCCAAGGGAGUGCAGGGAGGCUAUUGUGCAACAUCACAAGAAUCUAAAGAGUGCAAGGAAACUGCAACAGGAAGCAAUCUGGAAGAGAGCUGAUUAGGAAGGGUAAAGCUCGCUCAAGUGCAUUGGUGGUUUUCGUUACUAUUGGAUUUUGAGUGUUGGAAGCUUGACUAAGCUGCAGAGGCAUUUGUACGCUGUUUUUAUGCUUCUUUGUUCGGUUCUGCUUUGUUUUCAUGAUGGCUCUAUUUGAUGCUUUAAAAUCUUGUGAUAUAGUGCAUCUUUGAUUAGUGUAUAUGGGCAGGAGUACCCUUGUGCUCUAUAUAAUAAGAUUUGUUUUUGCUG